AACAACUUGAACACAAACGGACCAUGACAAAGCUGUUAAUGCGUGAGGAUACUGUGUUUAUUAAUCCAAGUGUCGUGGGACUAAUUCAACUAAAACAUGGAGGAAAUUAUGGACACCAGUAGAACACAUCAACAAAAAGGAAUCAAAAGCUGUGUACGUGAGUUACGCCUUGUCCUGUUUGGUCAUGGAUGGCUGGAGAAGAGUUUAACUGGAAACACACUACUUCAUCAACAAAUGUUUGACACCAGACGAGACGUGAAAAUGUGCGUUCGAAGACAGACUUUUAAUCAAAAAGGACAAAGAAUUAUUGUGAUUAGCACUCCUGACAGAUGGGUGCAAUACAAUGUACAAGACCCAGGUUUAAUUAAUAAAAAUAUGGCUGAAUGCUUGUCUAUGUGUCAGCCUGGACCCCAUGCAUUUCUUAUGGUGGUGCCUCUUGGUGCUAACAAAGGCAAGGAGUGGACAGUGGAAGGACCUUUGACACUGCUAAAUGAUCAUAUAUGGAAAAACACAAUCGUGGUAUUUACCAAACCUGAAAAGUUAAAGGGGAUUUCAAUAGAAGAUUAUGUGACAAAAAUUAAGUUUCUUGGACCAUUGCUGGAGAGGUGUGGACAUCGCUACCAUCUUUUAGACACAAGCUUUUAUGGACAAGAGAGUCAAGUGGAACAACUUUGGGAAAAAAUUGAUGCAUUGGUGGAAGACAACAAAACAGUGACAGAAGUUGGGAUUUCAACAGAAGCGGAGGGUUUUUUUUCAGAGCUGAACAGAGAGGAGGACGAGAAGAAGGCCAAGCUAAGGCAGACCAAAGUACAAACAUCUAGACAUUUCCUGAGAUUCCUCGCUGAAAAUCAUGAAACUGCAUUAGAGCAUCAUAUUCUCAUUGUUGGACCAAAGCAUGCUGGGAAAAGUUCAACCGCCAACACUAUCCUGCAUACUGAAGACUUACAAACAUCUAUGAAGACCUCUCAAAGUAGGCCUAAUACAGGCCAAACUAGACUUCAAGUAGUGGACACUCCUGGCUGGCACGGCAGAUAUUAUAGUCAUGAUACUCCAGCUGAAAUAGUACAACAGAUUAUACACAGCUCAAAUACUGUAGUACCUAACGCUGUUCUUCUGGUUUUACGCUGUGAUGAGACUUUUACUGAAACCGACCGCCAGAAUGUGGAGGACCAUAUGAGUUUGUUGUGCGCCGUGUGGUCAAAGACUAUAUUGCUUUUUACUUACAAAGACAAACUAGGCAGCACUGCUAUUGAGGAACACAUUGAGAGGUGGGCUGCUUUACAACACAUAGUGGACAAAUGUGGAAAUAGGUAUCAUGUUUUAAAUAAUUUGGACAAAAAUGACCAAAUUCAAGUUAGAGACCUGCUUGAGAAGAUAGAGGAACUAGAUGUGUUAAAUAAUAAUCAGUAUUUGCUACAGUGUUAUAUGCAAGUUCAAGAAAGCUACCUAAUGUUAUCUGAAAAUUGCAAGAAAAUAGAAUUUCAGCUGAACAAGACAAUAGCAGAGAAUGAGGAACUGAGGAAAAAUAAUCACUUAAAAGAAACAAUUGCGCAGAAAGACAAUGCAAUCUGCACUUAUAAAAAUAUGGUGGAUGAAAUGAAUGGUAAACAAAAGAUUACAGUUUGGAGGUUGGAAAAUGCAGAGAGGGACAACAACCAACUUAAAAGGUGUCUUGGGGAAAAAGACAAGCUAAUAGCAUGGUUGUCAUGUGAGAAGAAAACGGCUCACCAAAGCCAUGAGGCAGAAAGAGAAAGAUUGCACAAAAAUCUAGACACGACGAUUAAAAUGCGAGACCAAAUGGAGCUGGAAAUUAUGAAGCUACAAGAGGAGAUGAAACAACUGAAUACAGAGCAUAACUCUACCAAGACGAUGCUGCAAUCUGUGGUGACAGAGGUCCAAAAGCAUUUUAAGAAGAAAUACAAUCUACAGAGAAAAGUGGCAGUGGAGGUGAGCACUUUGGAUAUGCUUUUCAGGCUGGAGAAUAAGAAUGAAGAAGAGGGGCAUAAGGACAAACAUCCCCUUAAUGACCCUGCUAUUGUUCUCAUUGUUCUGGCUCUGAGGAUGGAUGUGGAUGUAGAUGGGGGAGAGAUUAUGUCUCAGACCCCCAUUUCAUUUCCAUUGGUUAUGGCUAUGUCACUGGACCUCAACUAA